UGAAGUGGCACAAAACAUCCUUUGCAACUCCGGCUCACAGCAAAUCACUCUGUUUCCUCCAUGGUAUGGUAUUUGUCACGUGAAGCUGACUAAUGUCACAGGUGUAGUCAAUAGCAUUCUGUGGGUCUAGAAAUGCAAUGAUCAUGCCAAACAUGCGCUCAGAUGCUUUUGCACUAAAGUAUUAAGUUAAAGAAUGUGCUAUCAUUAAACCCAGAUGCCGGUCAAGGUGAAUGAGGAACUGAACACACAGGGGUUUACUGUAAUAGAGUAUGGGUUCUCCAUGGGUGUGUCUCACCUUUCAGUUCCCCGGAUCUGAUAUGUUUGCUUCUGUCACGAGUUAGUUUUACCACUCUACGAUUCUAGAACACUUGGCAAGCAAUAAGGAAGUCUGCGUGCCACCUUCCAUAACUUUGAUUGCUCUGUUGUCGUCAGACAAAGCUGAAUGUUGGUGGCUUUUUUUUUUUCUUUUAAUGCCUGAGUGGUCAGAAGCACAAUUAUAGUUAACUCGUGAUCAAUUUAAAUUUUGUUUGAAGUGAUACUUCAGGAUUACUUCCCUAGAGUCAGAUGAACUUGUGGAUGCUAUUUUUAUAUCUCUGCGUGCAGUUUGAAGGAAGUUGCUAACUAGCAUUAGCCCAAUGACUGCUGGUCUAUGCUGCUGCGGUACACUCUGGAUAAGAGUGGUUUGGAGAGGGUCAGAAUCAUAGCCAGUGAUAACCUUUGGCAGCCCAUAACCUAUUCAUUGUGUGUCGAUCAAGAGCUGGCCGACGCAGUAGACGUGAUAGGGGCCCACUACCCAGGCACCACCACAGUGAUAGAGGCCCUGAAGACCCAGAAGAAGCUAUGGUCGUCUGAAGACUACAGCACCUUUAACGACGAGGUGGGAGGAGGCUGCUGGGCCCGGAUCCUCAACCAGAACUAUGUCAACGGACUCAUGACUGCCACCAUAUCCUGGAACCUGGUAGCCAGUUACUAUGAGGACCUUCCCUUUGGGAGAGAUGGCCUAAUGACCGCAGAGGAGCCCUGGACUGGGAACUAUGUGGUGGAAUCACCCAUCUGGAUAACUGCCCACACCACCCAGUUUAGCCAGCCAGGAUGGACCUAUCUGCAAACCGUUGGGCAUCUGGUACACGGGGGAAGUUAUGUUGCCCUGACAGACAGUAAAGGAAACCUCACUGUUGUAAUAGAAACCAUGACUCAUGAUCAUUCUGUGUGCAUCAGACCUCCACUCCUGCCCUUCAAUGUCACAGCCCAGAAUGUAACAUUCCAACUCAAGGGAUCUUUUGCUUCGAUCAAGGAACUACAGGUGUGGCAGUCAAAGUUUGACUUCAAGACGAAAAAGCCAUUCUUCUUCAAGAAAUUGAGCCCCUUAAAGAUUUAUGAUGGUUCGUUCACCUUGAGCCUGGAUGUUGAUGAGGUUUACACUUUAACCACCAUAUCCACUGGGCAGAAAGGGACAUAUCCUGAUCCACCUGCCUCUGGCCCAUUCCCUAAAGUCUACUUUGAUGACUUUAAUGUUGCCAACCCUUCCUUCUCUGAGGCACCAGACUUUGCUGACCAGACGGGGGUGUUUGAGUAUUACAUUAACCUGACGGACCCUGGUCCUCAUGUCUUCACUUUGCGCCAGGUGGUCACACAGAUGCCUGUUACCUGGGCAACAGAUGCUGACCAGACCAUCAGCGUCAUUGGAGACUAUAAAUGGCAGAACCUGACAGUGAUGUGUGAUGUCUUCAUGGAGACGGUGAAGACUGGAGGAGUGUUCAUCGCAGCCAGAGUGGACAAAGGAGGGCAGUCUGUCCGCAGCGCCAAGGGAGUCUUCUUCUGGGUGUUUGCAGAUGGCUCCUACAAAGUCACCAAUGACCUAGUUGGCAAGACUGUACUGGCAGAGGGUCUGUCUGGAACGAGAGCGUAUGGCUGGCACACGUUAACCCUCACAGUCGAGGGAGAGUAUGCCACAGGGUUGCUGAAUGGAUAUCCACUAUGGAAGAAUGCUGUGGUAUUGGGACCAAAGAAUGGCUGGGCUGCCAUAGGAACACACUCAUUUGAACUGGCACAGUUUGACAACUUUGCUGUGGAAGUAAAAUGAUGAUUUUUCUGUGUGUUUGUGGUGAAUAAACCUUGGUCAUUAAUUAAUUUAUUGGCACAAUUAUGCCUCUAUGAGCCCUUAAAUGUGACUGUGUAAAAUGAGAAUGGUGUCUUUUUUUUCACAAAUAUUUUUAAAUGGAUUAAUUUGGAUUCGGUGCCAUUUCACUCAAAUAUCCAUACUUUCUAUUGUUAUUUUGUGUGUGCAAGCAGAGACUGAAGAGGAAGCAAGAUAUCUCACUGGCUCCUAUACAGUCAAUGAACUAAGUAGACCAGACCCAGUUGCUAUUGCAUUGGUUUCUAUGGGAUAGCCACCCCUUAGACCAGAACUGUGACCAUAUUUAUUUUUUUGUUUUGUCAACUGCCUGAGUAAUAGUUGCACAAUUUAGCAGAGAGUGUUAUCAGACUUUUCACCCUGUCUGCUCUGGGGUUCAUACCAAUGACCCUUUCGGUUACUGGCCCAACGAUUUUUAACUGCUAGGCUACCUGUUAGUAAGACCUUCAUUUAUCCACCAUCUUAAGUGCAAGCCUUAGCUUUAAAGACUGUUAAAUGACUAGUAUUUCCCCAGAAAUAUGCUGAAAUUACUCAACAGUUUGGAUCUGAGAAUUACUGUGAUGGAAUUACUUUUCUGUUAAGCCUUUGUUUUGUCUUUCCACUGAUAAAAUAAUCAUUGCCUAAUGACUGUUAAUAUCGAUUUUUAAAGAAGUAUGACAAUUAAUACUCUUUACAAUAAAGAGAUGGCAUAUUUUGAAA